AGGGUAGAGGAAGAAGAAAGAAAAGUAAAAGAAGGAAAUUGAGUUAGGGAGUUUGAGGUGAAUGGAGGAAACAGAGGAAAAGGAGGGUGUUUGGUGCAGAGAGACAGUGCCAAAGGUUUUGAAAAUCGUUUGUUCCACAUUACCCUUCUCACACACACACCUCACUUCACUCCUUCUUCUCUCUCCCUCUCUUCAUCGUACCCUUGUCUCUUGUCAACCCCUUUGGCAGUCACUCAAUUUUCGAGAGUUAAAUAAUGCCGGAAAUCGCCUUAUAGCUGCUCUUUCUCUGCCUAGAUAUCGCUAUGUCAAGCAUAUUAACCUAGAGUUUGCAAGAGAUGUUGAAGACACGCAUCUCGUCCUUAUUAAGGAUAAGUGUUUUGAUUCUCUUCAAAGCUUGGAGUCUUUAAAUCUGAAUGGCUGCCAAAAAAUAUCGGAUACAGGGAUUGAAGCAAUAACCAGUUGUUGCCCCCAGCUGAAUACCUUUUCCAUCUACUGGAAUGUCAGGGUAACAGAUACAGGAAUACAACAUAUGGUGAGGAACUGCAAACACAUAAUUGAUUUGAACAUAAGUGGUUGUAAGAAUAUUUCAGACCGAGGUGUGCAACUUAUUUCAGAGAAUUAUCCAGAACUCAAAUCACUAAAUUUGACUAGGUGUGUCAAGUUAACAGAUUUUGGGUUGAAGAAGCUAUUGCACAAAUGUCUAUUUCUUCAGAGUUUGAAUCUCUAUGCAUUGUCCAGUUUCACAGAUGAGGCUUACAGGAAAAUAUGCCUUCUAACACGUCUCACAUUUUUGGAUCUUUGUGGUGCCCAGAAUCUCUCGGAUGAAGGAGUCUCCUGUAUCUCUAAGUGCAAGAACCUUGUGUCCCUUAAUCUGACAUGGUGUGUACGAGUGACUGAUGAAGGGGUCAUAUCCCUUGCAGAAGGUUGUACCUCUCUUGAAUUUCUAAGCUUGUUCGGAAUAAUUGGUGUGACUGAUAAAUGUCUGGAAGCACUCUCAAAGUCCUCUUCCCACAAAAUUACAACCCUUGACGUAAACGGAUGUAUUGGCAUCAAGAAACGAAGUCGCCAAGAGUUGCUUCUGUUGUUUCCAUAUUUGAAAUGCUUUAAAGUGCAUAGUUAAAGCAUGCUUAGCGGAAAUUUGAAGAAUGAUUAAUUGUCUUCUCUACAGCAGAUAUUUUGAUGACAUAAGAAGCCGAGUGUGAUAAGCGAAGCUGCUACUUGCCUCGGUUGACCCGAAAUAACAUUUGUGAAAUCAAAUAUAAAAACUUCGUUUGCAAAAUACACGAAUGGUAAUCUUAUAUUCAAACAGGGUUGGAUCUAGGAAGGGGCAAGCAUGGUCCGGUCCCUUCAUCGUAAUAUUUUUAAAUUUAAUUUGUAGAUAGACUAAUUAAUUUUUUUUUAUGAUUAUGUAAUUUACUAAUAAUUAUGUAAUCUACUCCAGCGUGCACGUUUGCAAGUGAUUUUAAUUAUGGACGUUUUAUUC